AUGUUGGGGCGUGCGGUCUGGAGGCGCUGCCCGCGGGGGCUGCGGCGCAGCCGGGAGGCGCUGCUGGCUCUGCUGGCGCUGGCUGGGCUGGGCGCGGUGCUGCGGGCUCGAAGCGGGUCUGGGACGGUUGAGAUCCGGACCGCGGUGGACCCGGUGCCCCCGCGCACUCCUCGCCCCGGGCGUCGCGAGCCGGUGCUACCCAGGCCGCCGCUGGACGCCAAUGCCCUGGGCGCGCAGGGGGAGGCGGUGAGGUUGCAGCUGCAGGGUGAGGAGCUGCGUUUGCAGGAGGAGAGCGUGCGGCUGCACCAGAUCAACAUCUACCUGAGCGAUCGCAUCUCGCUGCACCGACGCCUGCCUGAGCGCUGGAACCCUCUGUGCAAAGAGGAGAAAUACGAUUAUGAGAACUUGCCCAAGACGUCUGUGGUCAUAGCCUUUUAUAAUGAAGCCUGGUCAACUCUGCUUCGGACGGUGUACAGUGUCCUUGAGACCUCCCCCGACGUGCUGCUGGAGGAGGUCAUUCUGGUAGAUGACUACAGUGACAGAGAGCACCUGAAGGAGCGCUUGGCCAAUGAGCUGUCACAGCUGCCUAAGGUGCGCCUGAUCCGUGCCGGCAAGAGAGAGGGCCUAGUGCGAGCCCGGCUUCUGGGAGCCUCUGUGGCCAAGGGGGAGGUGCUGACCUUCCUAGACUGUCACUGUGAAUGCCACGAGGGGUGGCUGGAGCCUUUGCUGCGGAGGAUCCACGAGAAGGAGUCGGCAGUGGUGUGCCCCGUGAUCGACGUGAUUGACUGGAACACCUUUGAGUACUUGGGCAACUCAGGGGAGCCCCAGAUUGGAGGCUUUGACUGGCGACUGGUGUUCACGUGGCACGUGGUUCCCCAGCGAGAGCGGGAGUUGAUGCGGUCUCCAAUCGAUGUCAUCAGGUCUCCAACAAUGGCUGGGGGGCUGUUUGCUGUGAGUAAGAGAUAUUUUGAGUAUCUGGGGUCUUAUGAUACAGGCAUGGAAGUCUGGGGAGGAGAAAACCUCGAAUUUUCCUUCAGGAUCUGGCAGUGUGGUGGCACUCUGGAAACACACCCCUGCUCGCAUGUGGGCCACGUGUUCCCCAAGCAAGCUCCCUAUUCGCGCAGCAAGGCCCUGGCCAACAGUGUCCGAGCUGCGGAAGUGUGGAUGGACGAGUUUAAAGAACUCUACUACCACCGCAAUCCCCGGGCUCGCCUGGAACCCUUUGGGGACGUGACGGAGAGGAAAAGGCUUCGGGCCAAGCUCCAGUGUAAAGACUUCCGGUGGUUCCUGGAGACGGUGUACCCAGAACUUCACGUGCCAGAGGACAGGCCUGGCUUCUUCGGGAUGUUUCUGAGGAUGCUCACGGGGUGGCUGCAGGUCCUAGUGGGACUCUCCACACUGGGUCGGACUGUCAUGUCUUGCUUCAGAAAUCUCUGA